AUGUUCCUGCUACUCCUUCUAACAACGUCGGCGUGGGCGGAUAUAGCCACAUAUGGAUAUCAUCCGAAAGGUGCAAAUCCAACUUUGUAUUCUCCAGAAGAUAGUGUUCUACAACUUGAUGAAAUUACUUUCAAUGAUACUAUCUUUGGACCGCAAGCCGGUGAUGCAGGAUAUCUGGUGGAGUUCUAUUCGGAUUGGUGCGGUCAUUGUCGAGCUUUCGCCCCAACUUACAAAAAUCUCGCCAAAGAUGUGGACGGCUGGCAGAGCAUUGUGAAAAUCGCUGCUAUCAACUGUGCAGAUCCGGUUAAUGAGCACGUGUGCCGUUCGAAUGGUGUCCGAUUCUUCCCAUUGAUUAAGUAUUUUCCACGUGACUCGAUCAACUCCACCGAGGGAUCUCAAAUCAAGCCGUACUCGACGGUUUCUGAGAUGAGAGGACAGUUGACAAAAGCUGUGAUGGAUGAUUAUGCACUGAAUCGGUAUAAGGAAUGGCCAACGUUUGAUUUCUUGAAAGACGUUGUCACAUACGGAGAACUUUGGAACGAGUCUUCAUCAUCCGCCAAUCAUAUUGCCAUAAUUUUCGAAACCAACCAAGCUAGUCUUACUGGUGCUCAAUUACUCCUCGACUUGAGUGGCAACCGGGACCGUCUGGUUGCUCGUAGAUGCCUUAAAAGCCAUCCUCUUGCAGAGGCUCUGAAAAUCACCGAUUUCCCAUCACUGGCGAUUUUCAAGCGUGGGGAGCGUAAACCGGUUUUGAUUGCCGAGCUCCGCCGUUUGUUGCUCCGUGAAAUUGACCAAUUCCUCGGAAAACCAAGUGACAAUCAUCUUCAAACCAUUCACUUUAGUAGCAGGAAAAAUAAGACGAUUGAUUGUAAUAAUAAUCCAGAAUUGUGCAAACCAAAUUAUUACGUUUCCGAAGUUGACAUGCUCAAGGCAAUGCGUUAUGCUCUAUUCCGAGAAUCCGCUAGAACUGGAGCCCCCCUUCAAGCUGCCAAUCUCUCAGCUCUCUAUGAGUUUACAUCUCUCUUGGCUGAUAACUUCCCAACGACUACUGUAGAGGGUGCCACCGAUAACUCGACUGUUAUGCACCUUGAUAGAUCUAGCCGUGCCGUUCGCGUCUUCUCUCGGCUUCGUGACUACAUUGCCGAGAAGGGACUAGAUGCACCAAUCAGUGUAGAAGAUUGGCAAAAAGAAUUCCUGGCUGCUGAGGAGGAGGCGGGACAUCCAUUCCCAUUGAACACCAACUGGGAUCACUGUGCUGGUUCUUCUACCCAAUAUCGAGGAUACACAUGUGGACUGUGGACCACUUUCCAUGCAUUGACAGUUUCUGCAUUCAAAAAUUGGCAGAACAAAACUAACGGUAAUUUUGGAAAAAGAUACAUUGUACAAAGAAAAUUUCCAGAUGUGACCCUUCCACUCCCACCACUUCAAUCUAUCCGCGACUGGGUCGGAUCGUUCUUUGGGUGUAAUCAUUGCAGAGAUCAUUUCUUGAAAAUGACCACUGACACUUUCAAAAUUGAAGCUAAUGUAAAUAUUGUCCGCCACCCGGAAGACGUCUACUUGUACCUCUGGAAAGCCCACAACAAAGUGAACGCUAGACUUCAUGGAAGAGAAACCGAGGAUCCCAAAUUCCCAAAAUACCAAUUCCCAGCCAAAUUUUUGUGCCCAGACUGCAACACCAAGGGAUUCUUGAACGAAGAUGACACUCAACCCUUCCUCAUUGACUAUUACUCUAGAAUUCGUCCAUUCUCCAAUUCAACUCUCAUCAAAUCUUAG